CCGCAAUAUCGCUAAGCAAUCUAGGUGUUAGCGAGGCGAGGCACCGUCGAGAUUGGCAGCUUUACGGCAUUUACGCUCGUCUGAUAUGAUUUUUUCUGCGUAUACUACACGGCGCAAUUGCUCAAGAAAUAAUAUUACGUACUCAGACGAUGAUCUAUGUGCUGCUAAACGAUAUUGAGGUGAAUAUUGAGGCGCUGUGAUGGGGUGGGCAAUAUCCACCAUAGCAUGGAUCGUUAUAUGGAGUUGCGCCUUACUGCGGGGCCUCAAUUUCGCUCCACAAGCAUCUUCGAAGCAAGUGCCAUGUGAUAAAACAAGAAAAGUCUUCACAGACUCGUGGGGAGUCAUCAGCGAUGGGCCUAUGGGCUCGAAUUAUACUCAAGAUUCCCAUUGCGAAUGGCUCAUCAAAGCUAAUCACAGCCGUCAAUUUAUCACAUUAAGUUUUCGAACUAUGGGCACAGAAUGCAGCUAUGAUUAUGUAUUUGUUUACGAUGGAGAUUCCUUUCGUUCCCCACUUCUUGGUAGUUUUAGUGGCAAAACGGAACCGCAGCAAGUGACAUCAUCCUCUGGUUAUAUGUUAAUAUUGUUGUAUAGUGACACGAAUUAUGUCCUAGAUGGUUUUCGUGCAGAAUUUUCAGUCACAGAUUGUCCGAAUAAUUGCACCCAUCAUGGAAAAUGCAUCAACAAUACGUGCUUUUGCGAAAACGAUUGGGGGGGUAAAGAUUGUUCUCGAGCUCUCUGCCCAAACAAUUGUAGUCAGGCCGGUAACUGCGGGAUGAAGAGAUGCGAAUGCAGCAAUGAAUACUCUGGGCAAUCUUGUUCGUUGCAUAAAACACACCCGGAAGGAAAUCGAUGGCAUUGGUUGUCACAUUCAGAAGGUGGACUGAGACCACGCGCAGCCCACACGGCAGUUUAUGUUCUGGAAACAGACUCGCUUUAUAUUUUCGGAGGUUACGAUCUUAAUUAUAUACUCAGUGAUUUAGAAGUGUACAGGUUUAACACAAGUCAGUGGGAAGACGAAUAUGGAAAUGUAUUAGAAGGUGCCGCAUCUGCGGAAUAUCUGGAUCCUAUGCUGAUCGCUACCGAAUUACAACGCAAUCUCGGUGCCAAGGAAAUAUACGGCCUACCAACGUCGUCCUUAAUUUGGAAAGUGCUUUAUAGUAUUAAAGAUAAUAACACGUUCAGCCUGCUUGAUCGGACUGUCGACAGCAAUCAGCAUAGCACGCGAGAAUUCAGAAACGUAUCUAAGGACAAGGAAAAUGAGAAUAGCAAAAGCACCAUUAGGAUUGAUAGGAACGAAGGCUCCAAGAGAAAGCAUCCGCGAAAUAUCAGACCGCGAUAUUCGCAAAUGUCGACAAGGCAUCGUAGAAACUUGGAUUUAUGCAAAGAAUGCCAUAUGACGGACGCGCAGAAGGAGGACGCGAAAUGGGAGGAACAAGUCGUAGCGGGAUCCGCGGAAGAUAAUAUCUUUAUGGAAGAGUUUAUUGAUCCGAAAUUGUCCGCGAGCGAUUCGGCGAAAGGAGUAGCUACAGAACCCUCCAUUGACGAAUCGCCGAAACCGGCUCCUCGAUAUGGCCAUGCUGCAUGCAAAUACCAAGAUGGUUUCGUAAUUUACGGAGGAAAAGUACAAGACGGUUCCUUGUCGAACGAGCUGUGGCAUUACAAUGUGAAUAAGCGCAUGUGGACCUUGCGCGCUAAAGACUCUCCUUUCUAUCCAUCCAGACUUACAAGGCACACCUUAACUUUAGCGAAUGAUUAUAUUUAUCUGUUUGGAGGCAGCACCGUUGACGGAGAGUUUUCGUCUAGUCUGUUUAGAAUCAAAUUAAACUUAUCGGAUCCCACGGCGACCACUGAGAGAUGGAUAGAAGUGCGACCUCGAGGCGGUAGACUUGACGUGCGCGUGGUAGCGCACUCGACCGUUUAUCAUCACGCUACUAAUUCUCUACUUGUAUAUGGCGGAGUGGUCGCCAGUGUCGCUCGAUUUAGUAAACUGUCAGAUCGAAUGUUUGUCUUCCAACUGGACAGAAAAGUGUGGUCCGAGAUUCAUUAUCCGAGAGCGCACUUGCGAGACACGUACGUGCCAAGAGAGCGCGCGUUCCACACAUGUAACAUCGUAGGAAAUUAUCUGGUGGUGUUUGGCGGAUAUUCUCACAGGCACAACAAGGAGGAGAUUUGUUACGACAAUCAGAUGUAUCUUUAUCAUCUUGGUUGUCACGUGUGGGUGAGCCACGAUGUAUUAGGCUCAAAUGACAAAGAAUCUCGAUAUCCUAAGCAGCAGGGCGUAUUUGCUCAUGCGGCGGACGUGCGAAACGGAAAUACCUUGUUGCUUGUCGGCGGAUAUCACGGUAAUGUGAACUCGGACCUUCUCGCGUACACUUUGCCGCCUACGUUAGCGCCGGGGGAUGAAGACUACAUCGAGCCAGAGCAAGUUUGCCCGAGACACAAGAGCUUAAUGGAGUGCGCGGCAAAUCCCGAAUGCGGCUGGUGUUCUGCAGACGAAAUAUGCUACGGUCGGACGGUCGGUGGCAGCAACUGCACAACGAAUUUGCAGACAACACGCUGCCCGGGAGUCUGUCCCGCCUUGGGCGAUUGUCAUUCCUGCUUGAUACACGGUCAGAACGGCGGCAGCUGGGGCACGAAUUCCCGCGGCAAGGCAUCCGUCUCGACGAAGUUGAAGCUAGGCCCGUGCACGUGGUGCGUCCAGAACGCCCGGUGUCAACCUCAGAACGACAAGUACGGGGUGUGCGGUCAACGAGAGGACACACCGUCGCAAAUCACGGGCUGGUGGGGAUCAACGGGCACGGAAAUCACGAUGGUCGAGAUGUGCCGCGAGAUGGACAAGAGACCGGGAUACUUCCUCAAGUACAAUCCGCCGGUGAACUUCAGCCAGCCUGAUUCGGUCACCAUAGUGAACGCCACCGUGGUGGACUUCAACGUGCCGUCCACGCAGGGCGCGAAAACGGAAUCGGGGCUCGGUGGUGAAAUGAUCGCCAGGCUGACCGGCUUUCUUAGACCGCCGCACUAUUUUUGGGACAGUGCAGCGGAGCUUUUAAAAAUCUGCGUCAGUUACAACAGCGCGACGCUUCAUGUAUCUCGAAACGACAAACCUGAUAAGCUGGAACUCGUUGCCAAUAUAACCACGGACACGCCAAAAUGUGUACAAAUGAGAUGGCCGGAUGGUCAUUCGGUGGACUUGCAACCGGGUCGCUAUUUAUUGGACUUCGAGUCGAAGAGAAUAGUGACCGCGAGCUACAUUAGCGCCAGUAGAAUGGAGAUCAAUCAUUUGAAGGACAAGGAUAACACGAAGGUGUUCACGUUCGAGUAUCUGGAGCCGUAUCAGAACGGCUCCUGCCAUCAGUACGGCAACUGUCUGCACUGCUUGACGGACUCCUCGUGCGGCUGGUGCGAUAUCACGAACCAAUGUCUGCCGCGUUCCGUCAACGAGAUGGAAAGCUGCGCGGCGGACGUGGAGUGGGACGAGGAGCAGGGGAAGGCGGUGAGCGAAUGGCAUUACCUGACGAUCACACCAUCCGCAUGCGCCAACUGUUCGAAUUACAUCUCCUGCGAGUCGUGCGUGGGCACGAACUUGUGCGAGUGGUGGACGGAGGAGGCGAGAUGCGCGCGAAUUGGCCGGCUGCCCGACGCCGUGAUGACCCUGGACCGAUGCCCGAUCCCGUGUCGGCAGCGCUCCAAUUGCACUCAGUGCCUGGACGAGCGCGGUAGGUGCGUGUGGUGCGAGGCCACGCGGGAGUGCUUCUCGUUCUCGGUGUACACGUCGGAGUACCAGUUCGGCCUGUGCCGGGAGUGGAUGGAUCAGGCGGGCCUGAUGGGCGUCACGUCGCGCAGCGACCUGUCGGUCACCGGCAACGAUCAGUGCAAGAGCUGCAGCCGGCACACCAACUGCUCCAGCUGUCUGCACUCGCUCAGCUGCGGCUGGUGCUACAGCCUGGAGAAUCCCAUCACGGGCGUGUGCGUGCAGGGCGACUUCAAUCAGCCCCACGUCAACUGCAGCGCGGUCAUCAACGAGUACCGGAACAGCAGUCUGAAGGCCGACGAGUCCAACUGGGCGUACGCGCAGUGCCCGGACGUAGACGAGUGCGAUCUCGGUCUGCACGACUGUCACCCCGACGCUCUCUGCACCAACACUCACGGCAGCUUCAGCUGCCAGUGCAAGCGCGGCUUCAACGGCGACGGCAAGGAAAAUUGCACCAAGACCUGCUACGAGAGCUGCGUCAACGGGUAUUGCAGCGAGGCGCCGGAUUACAAAUGCGAGUGCAAUCUAGGCUGGACGGGACCCGAUUGCCGAACCAACUGCGGCUGCUACAAUCAUUCCACGUGUCUGCAGGGACCAGGCAUCUGCGACGAGUGUCAGGAUUGGACGAUCGGUCGCUAUUGCGAAGAUUGCAAGGCGGGCAGCUAUGGAAACGCGACGACGCCGUUGGGCUGCCGCGAGUGCGACUGCAACGGACACGGCGACGUGGAACUCGGCAUAUGCGAUCGGCAGACAGGCGUGUGCUUCUGUCGCGACAACACAGAGGGCGAUAAAUGUCAGCGUUGCAAGCGGGGCUACUACGGCGAUCCGCGCAACGAAGGGAUGUGCUACUACGGCUGCAUGUCGCGGGGCAUGCUGGGCGGCGAGGGAAACGGCAAGCAGGGCCUCGGCAGUCGGCACUCGCAGUUCUCGCUCUGGAGCAGCCACACCGGCGACUCGCCCACGAGAGAAUGCCUCUGGAUCGUCAGUCCGGAGAAGGAUCUCUCCUCGGACUCGACCACCCCGGCGAUUCAGAGCGUCAUUCAAUUCACCAUUCACGACGACAUCAACGUGAGCUGCCAGGAGAAUAGCGUGUACGUGUACGACGGCUUGCCGGAGUUCGUCUCGUCGACCGGCGGUCACCAGAGCCAGCUGCUGGGCGUGUAUUGCACCGAGAGCACCGAUUAUCCGGUAACGGUGGAGGCCAAGUCCGGCUUUCUCACGGUGCACUACAAGCAGCUGGACGAGGUGGAGGGCUUCAACGCGAGCUACGUGGUGAUGACGUGCAACAGCUGCGUGGGGAAUCGCGAGUGUCGCAAUGGCAACUGCCUUUGCAAGCCCGGCUACGUCGGCAUCAGUUGCGACGUGGAGAUCUGCCCGAGCAACUGCACCGCCUCGAAGAAAUACGGCGUCUGCGACAAGGGCUACGGGCGUUGCGUCUGCACGCCCGGCUACGGCGGUCGCGACUGCUCCAUCCGGCUCGAGGAUCACCAGCUGAUUUUCACGGAGCUCUUCAACUCGGAACACCUGGCCGACCAUCUGGAUCAUCUGAGAAAGACUCUGCCGCGUUUCGGGCACAGUCUCGUGGCGGAUCGGCGCGGCAGCUUGUGGAUGUUCGGUGGCUACUCGCUCAGCCACGGGCCGCUCAACGACAUCAGGCUCUUCGACACGAAGAACAACACGUGGAUGCCGGUGACGGUGGAGUCUACAUCGGAGGCGUCCAUGCCGCAGGGCCGCUACUUCCACGCCGCCGAGAUCGUGCACAGCCGGCAGCAGAUCUACGUCUACGGCGGCCUGUCGAUGAAAGACGAGGACGUGCAAGGAUUGUCGAACAACACCCUCAGCGAUUUCUGGAAGUUUAGUCUGCAAAAUCAGCGCUGGAGUCAAAUCGUGCAGGACAAGACGAGGAAGGAGCCGCCGCCUCUGGCUGGUCACACGCUAACUUUGCGCAGGGAUGGCGAGUCCGAGAGCCUGAUUCUCAUCGGCGGUUUCAGCCCGAAAUACGGAUAUUUGGACACGGUUUGGGAGUUUAAUCUGGAAGCGGAGACCUGGGACACCGUGAACACCGUUGGAAAUCGACUUCUCGGCGUUUACGGCCAUUCCACGGUGUAUCACAGCAAAUCGAACAGCUUCUACGUGUUCGGCGGCUACACCUACGCGAUAAACAGGACCUUUAUCUCGAACAAGUUGUACGCCCUGGAUUACAAGACUCGCGCUUGGUCCGUGCUGCCGCCGUUCGAAGACGACUUCACCGACGGCAGCAACCUGCCCCAGGCAAGAUUCCUCCACUCCGCGGUCACGACGGACGAGUACAUGGUGAUAUUCGGCGGUCGGCAAAAUCCCCACAACACCUCGGACUCGCUGAUAGCGUACAGAUACUCGUGCAAUUUGUGGAUACGUCUGAUAACGAAAGACAUGGAGACGAUCGGAAGUCCGCCACCCCCGGCGUACGCUCACGCGAUGACUCACGCCGAUCCCGAGUCGAACGCUAUCUACGUCGUCGGCGGCUUCGACGGCGGCAUCAAGAGUCACGUGACGCUGAUCAACAUACCGGAGGAUCUAUGCAAUCUCUGGACCGAUAAAAUCACGUGCAGAAAGUAUUUCGGCUGCUCGUUUUGCGCCGUUAUAACUAUCACCGGCACGAACACUUCCUUUUGUUUCUCAAACGAGAUAUCGAGCAACCGGGACGACAAGUGCGACAUCAAUGUCACGCAAGCGCAACGAUCGAACGGAAUAUUCUGCGACUCGGACUGGAUGGCGGGCAGGAAGUGUCAGAAUUUCAAAACUUGCACGGAAUGCCUGGCGGAGUGGCCGUAUUACAAAGACGACACGUCGGUCUGCAAGUGGUGCACCAAGUGCUCGCACGGCAAGUGCAUCCCGUCGGACAGGGACUGCGACGAGCAGAUGCUGAUCGGGAAGAACAAGUGCAGCGUGUCGGUGACGAACGUGAAUCAGUGCGGGGAGCGACUGUGCCCGGCGAGCGACUGCGAGAGGUGCAACAAUCUCAGCGGCUGCGUGUGGACGAGGCAGGUUCUCAAGACCAACAACGAAAUGGGGGUGACGCUGACCGGCGAGCCCGUGUACAACUGGAACUGCGUGCCGGACGAUAUCUUCGAGCGUUCCAGCAUCGUUCUAAAAAUGAGCAGCACGCAGUGCGAGAGAAGAUGCUCCGAUCACACGGAUUGCAGAAGCUGUCUGAGGGGCACCGGGGCCGAGGGGGGCUGGAGCGAGUGCAGAUGGUCCACGCAGCUGAACGAGUGCAUAUCCCCGUCGUACCAGCCGCUUUACUGCGCCGGCGGCGUUUGCGGCUUGGUGUUGCGUAACGCGGACAUGGACCACUGUCCGGAGCCGUGCUCGGUUUUCAAGCAGUGCAGCACCUGCCUGAAGCACUCGCACUGCGGCUGGUGCUCUUUGGACUCCGCCAAUAUAACCGGCCAAGGAAUAUGCACGGAGGGAUCGCUCGAGGCGCCCGCCGAUCAUCCGGCGGGCGGCACCUGCGAGAUGCUCUAUCAUCAGCACUUUCCGAAGGCGGAAACGCCGGACGUCGCAGCGCCGGGCUCGCAACAUCCGGACGUCCCGGAGUCGCAGGACAAUGUCACGAUGCCGUUGUCGCCCGGUGCGAUGACGAAACUCGAAUUCUCGUGGCACUACGUCCGCUGUCCGCCGGAGAACGAGUGUAUAAACGGCCAUCACACGUGUUCGCCGAUGAGCGAGAAGUGUUUCGAUCUGGAGGAGGGCUUCGAGUGCAGAUGCGGAGACGGAUACAAAACCGAGACCACGUGGGUGAACGAAUUCGGGAGGAAGAUUUGCGUGCCGAUGUGCACGCAGGGCUGCGUGAGAGGCACCUGCGUCGAGCCGAACGUGUGCCGUUGCGAUUUCGGCUACGUCGGCGCUAAUUGCUCCAUUCAGUGCCAGUGCAAUGGCCACAGCAAUUGCGCCGGUCCGGACAAGCUCGACGUCUGUCUCAAGUGCCACAACAACACGAUGGGUCCGCAGUGCGAGAAGUGUAUGCCCCUUUUCGUCGGCAAUCCCGCGGACAACGGCCAGUGCGUGCCGUGUCUCGAGUACUGCAACGGCCACACGCGGGUCUGCAUCAACGACAGCAUGACCGUGCCCGACCCGAUCUCGGUCGACAAAAUGUCGAUAGAGCUGCUGAAGAAGCAGCUGGUGGAGGGGCCGGUGGCGAGGGCGAAGUGCGUCAACUGCGGCAACUUCACGAAGGGCGACAAAUGCGGCGAGUGCAUGACCGGCUACUUUCGGGGAUCGGAGGACCUGCGGGACGUGUGCCGGCCCUGCGAAUGCCACGGCCACGGCUUCACGUGCGAUCCCGUCACCGGCGAGAAGUGCAAUUGCGGAAAUAAUACGGAGAGCGAGCCGUCCUGCAUCAGCGGUCCCGUGAAGAGCACGAGCACGGCGAGCCUGCCGUGCUGGAAGGUGCAGUGCAGCAAGUGCAGAGAGAACUACGCCGGCACGCCGACGAUGGGCCAUCAAUGUUACAGAACCGUCACGGUCGACAACAAAAUGUGCUUCGACUCGAAGUUGAUUGACGAAUGCAAAAUGAAGCCGAAACCCUUAAAUCCUGGCCAGACCGUUUUUUACAUGGUGCAGCCACGGUUUAUGAAUGUGGACAUUAGAGUGAUGGUGGACGUCACUCAAGGCGCUUUGGAUCUAUUCUUGAGUCCUCGAGAUGACUCCUUCGUCGUUACUUUGAAUUCGACGACUGGAUAUCAAGAUGUUGAAAUAGACGGUAGGUUCAUGCUGCGGCCUGACAGUCCAGACACGUGGCCUGGAUUGGAGGAUCAGCCCAACAGCAAACUGAGAAUCGUCGAGUUUCACUCGCGCGGCAAUUUCGCGAUAAACGGCACCACGACGCAGCCAACGUGGAACAUCGGCCCGCAGUACUUCGUGAUGGAGCACUUCGCGGAGAACCUGGCGACUUUCCUGACGAUCGACAGACGGAACACAUUUCUGGUAAUACGCAAUUUAACGAACCGCCUGGUGCUGACGCUGCCGCAGGACAAGCACGAGCUUGGCCAGACGAAGUUUCACAUCGCGCUACGGGCGAUCGAGCCGGCGAACACGGAACUGAACGGCCGUGCCGCGUACGGAUUGAUCUUCUUCCGACAGGAUCAGCUGCACAUCGAUCUGUUCGUCUUCUUCUCGUGCUUUUUCUCCUGCUUCUUCCUGUUCCUCGCGGCGUGCGUGGUCGCGUGGAAGACGAAGCAGGCGGCGGACGUGCGCCGCGCCCGGCGGCGUCACGUUGUGGAAAUGCUGCACAUGGCGAAGCGACCGUUCGCUUCCGCGACGAUACUUUACGAUCGAGACGGCGGCGAAUGCAGUCCGAGCUCGCCGCAGCGAAAGGGCAGACGUAGCAAGCAUAUCAGCUUCCACAGUGAUGUGAGACCGGUGGCCGUCGAGCCAACCGACGACGGCGUCGCGGCGGUGGCUACAGUGUUUAUCAGGCUACCCGGAGGACGCCAGGCACCAGUUAAACUGGCUCUGGGUAGCGCGCUCAUACUCUUGACCAGAGUCUACCCCGUCAACAGCAGAGUGUUCCUAAGACGUAGAAAUAGCCAUGCGACGAACUGAACCAGUGUUAGAGUGGAGUCUCGAUCUCAACGGUCUUCGAGAUCCAUGCCACGAACACCAAUCUUUUCCCUGAACACCUCUCGAACGUCCAUAGACACUGACGUUUGAAUGUAAAUCAAUUUAAUAUGGAUUAAUCGCUACAGUCGCUUAGUCCGUAUUUCUCGACAGCCUGGAAUUAGCAGUAUUCAAAUUUAAUGGAUAAACUCUCUUUUUUUUUUAGAAUAGUUUCAUCGCGAUAAAGAUAAUAGGCGAGAUAAGCUCGGGAUGUAAAUUUUAAUAUAAUGCGUAUUUUGCUAAGGGAACAUCUCGUAACACCAAUUUUUUCUCGAUUUUACAACUUGUAAUUUUGUCCUUUUUGUUUGGAAUUUUUUUAGAUCGAUCUCAUCGCAUACGUAUUAUUAAUUGGUACAAUAAGAAUUCCUUCAGCAAUAAUAAUAUUAAAUUUACAGAAUUCAGCGCUGUGCAAAAUAAAUUAUUAAUUUUUAUAUUUUGAAAUUUUAUUGCGUGUGUAUUGGAUUCAUAGAUCCGCAACGCCGAAGAUCUUCGGAACUAUUUAUAGAAUUAAAGAUAUUAUAGGUAUAUAUUAACAAAUUUAUGAAUCUUGGGAAAUUUUCAGACACCAUCUAUGAAUGAUCAAUAGAUUUAAAGAUUCUACAUCGUGGAUCUGUGAAUCGAAUAGGUUUUUCUUAAAUUGCAGAUCUAAUAUUGUACAAUAAUCAUAAGAAGCGAUAGUAAGAUUAUUUAAUCUAAAGAUAAUAUAUUGUAUCAUUCCAUGACGAGACUGUAUGUUUGUAUAUAUAACAAUGUGUAAUUAUGUAUUAAUUCGUACUUUAUACAUUUUUGUAGAAAUAUUUUACGAAACAUGGUUUCGCGUUAUAGAAAGUUUGUCUAUCUCUGGAAGGAAGUGGAAAUGAAAUUAAAACGAUUUUGCGCGAUUUAUAUCGGUUGAACGAACAGUAUUAGAAUUGUUGAUUAAAGAUGGAGCUCGACGAUGCAUAUAUUAAUAAGGUUCCUAUGCCAAAUUGAUUGGAAUAAAUGUGAGCAUCCUAAUAUAAUAAUAUAUUAUUUAUCGUAAGCAGAGAGCUAAAGAAAAGGGGCAAAAAAUCUCACUUAAAAAGUGUACAUACAUAUAGAAGAGUUGCGAAUUGUUUGUAUAUUGAUCGAAGACAUACUCGAUAGACAGUUUUUGGUCGGAAAUAACGAUUUUGUGCAAUGGAUCUAUAUUGGUAUAUUAAUCAAGUUUAAGCUUCAGUUCCUUGUAUGAUGCCAAGAAAAUCCUUGCAAUUCAAAUAAAUAUCGACAUGUUACGAUCACAUGUUUUGAUAUCAAUGAGACUUGUCAAUAUAUGCUUUCGUUUUGAUAAGUUUCUUGGGCAUCAAACAAACUGCGUAACAAAUGGACGUAUAUUGAUCAGAUAAUUAUUGCAAACAGAUUUUAUUUUUUACUUUGUCAUGAAAAAUAUGAAACUGUUUUAAACUUCUCGAAUUUUCGAUCCGCCACUGAUUGUAUAUUAAGCAAAACGUAUAGAUGAUGCGAAUAUUGUAACGAUAUUGACAUCGAUGUGUCUAGAAAUCAUCGUGAGAGGCACGAAAACGGGGUAACGAGAGAUUGUAUACUGUUUUACAUGAAUUUCAAGAGCUAUGGAAAUUAAGAAUAUGAAAUAACACCAACAAAUCAUGCUGAUGGCAAUUACUAAUCGAAGAUAGAAACGUGUAUCUCGCAUAAUUCUCGUAAAUUGAGUGAGCGAAGUGUUAAAAUAAAAGGGUCAUAAGACUUUGAGGGCAGAUAAUAUUUAUCUAAAAAGGAAAAAGCUCUUAAUAAACAUGGAUUCAAAACUAAAUACUUACUGGGCUACGAAAGAAGGUUAAAAAAUGAGGCGCAGAAAGAUAAAAGUUUUAUUUUAAUAUCCUCAACACACUCGCAUACACAUGUAUGUAGUGAGAUUUGAAUGUGUAUUAUCACUUAUCACAUGACGUUCAAAGUAUCAAUUCUCACAGUGAAUCCAGGACAAAUAUAAAAUUUUGUACUUAAAAGAUUCUUGAUUUCAUAACAACAAUAAACUAAUCUCUUCAUUGCCUCAUUCGUGUAUUUUGUUUGCUGUCGAACUAAAAUAAUUAAUGGUGUGUAGUGAAGAAAAUCUAAGGCCUCUUUUAAGUAUAUGCGUUCUUUUUGUUGUUUAUUGCAUAAACGACGCAUAUAUGAGCAAGAGCUUAGAUACGCGUACAUAAAUAAAAACGUACAAUAUGUACGUAUCAUGAUAUUAAUUACAUUGGCUAUUUAACAAGUGCAGCUUGACCAUGAACAAAUUAUUUAUUGAUUAAUCAUUAAGCAAAUAUAUCGACGAUAUGACGCGAUCAGUCUGUUGAAUCUCAAAAUUUUUUCUUAUUAUAUAAGCUCGUCACUAACUUUUUAUUAUUUCAUAAUAGCCUUCAGAGCUUACCUAUAUAGUGCACUUAUUUAUCGUAGUUUCUCUACCUUUCUCUCUUUUUUCUUUUUUUCCUCUUUCUUCACUUUUCUCGAUGCAGGGAUCUGUAGAAGCAAAAUUCGCAAAAUGUUUUUUUCUAAAGUCCGUGGUUUUCGAAAUUUUAAAGAGCUCCGUUACUGAUUUCUCACUCUGUAUAUAAUUUUAUAGUAGAUUUUUAUAUAGAAUUUUUAUAGAGAAUUUUUAUAGAGAAUUCGCCUUUCAAUUUGGAGGAAUUUUCUUCGUAGAUGGAUGUAAAAAUUCUGAAGGCCUUUAUAGAAUUUAAAAAAUUCUUAAAAAAUGGAGAAUUAAAGUUAAUUCGAUUAUCUAUACAAAAUUGGAUAACAAGAUCAUUAUAAUUCUCAUUUUUUUUCCGCAGAAGAUGUGCUAAACUCCGCGCAAUAUCGUGCAAAGCAUAUAAAUUGCUAAGUACAGAAUUGACAGUAUAUGUACAUUUAUAUAAAUUUAUGAGAGUUACACACUGUGUGUGCGUGCGUGUGUGUGCAUGUGUAUGAGCG